ACUUAAGAUGAUUUUUAAGUAUGUUUUUUUUUCCCUUUGAUUAGCUCUAAGCUAGUUGAGACGGCCCGAAUUUAGGGUUGGACGAAUCACUUGAAUUAACUUGACAAUUCAUCUAGUAUAAGGUAAUAAGGUAAGUGAUACGAGAGUUCAACCAUUGAGCUAUGUCAAUCGAGGUCAAUUAGACCCUCCGAUCUUGUCUAAGUGUAUACUCUAGACGACCUGACCCAUGACCCGUGGAACCAUAUCACCCGAUCAAAGUAAACUCAAUUGGGCUAAUGUUAUUGGCAUAAUUUUUCUCUUUUUCCUCAUCAAAAUUCAAAAACUAACCCUCCAAAUUUAGAGACUAAGAUAAUGAAAAAAGAGGACAGAGGAGCAAAAACCAGAGUUCGCCGGAAAAUUGCAACAAGAUGGUCGGAUCUUUCACCGGAAACAUUAUUGAGAAUCGGAAAUCGCCUUGAAAGUCGACUUGACGUCAGCAGAUUCCGGUCAGUAUGCAAAAAUUGGCGCGCUUCUUUACCUCUACCCAGAAACCCUAGUUUUUUAACCCCUUUUUUUCCUCGCCAAAUCCCUAAUCCAAUUUCUCUUCCAUUCAAUAAGCAAGGUUACGAUAACAUUGAUCUUGUUCCAAUUUCUGUGUUUUUUGUUAAACGCCUUGAUUGUCAGCUUGAUAAUGAUUCCAAAGGUUGGAUUUUAACUGUUGAAGAAAGGCAACCUGGUAAAAUUCGUCUUCUCUAUCCAAUUUCGAGGGACCCCAUUUCAAAUUUUCCUAAGAAUUUACCUAAAACCCUAAAUCUUUCCGAUUUUCGGGUUUCGGAGAUUGGUAAAGGAUGUUGUUUUAGGUCUGAUAGUGGGUCAAUUUCUGAUUGUAAAGUUGUUGUUUACUCAGAUUCUGCUCAACAAUUGUAUGCUACUGCUACUGAUUUCACUGCUGUGGUUUUAUACUCUUUAGGGAAUUUGUUUGGUUUAAGAUUAAAUGGUGGGUUUUGGAAAUUUGAAAAAAUAAAUUCGUUUUUAUGGUUUAAGGAUAUAAUAUGCUUUAGAGGAACUUUUUAUGCAGUUGCUGGGGGUGGAAAAUUGUAUGUUGUUGAUCAUUUGACAUUCAAGGUGACUGAUACUGUCGUUGAUUGCUUCGUUUGUGCUCCUAACUGUGCAAUUCAAUUGGUUGAAUCUUGUCAAGAACUCUUGUUAGUUGUUAAAGAUGACAUAAAGGUUUACAAGUUGAAUGUAGUGCUACAAAAAUGGGAGGCUGUGCAAACUCUAGUAGAUAGAAUCAUGUUUUUGGGUAUUGAUUGUUGCUUUCUCCUCUCUACUGAAAAUGUGUUAUGGCAUAAAGGGAAUUUUAUUGUUUCGAGCUCAAGUUUGAACUCGUUACGAUCCAAGUGGGUAGAGUUGACGGAAAAUUUUGGGAUUUACAUAUCUUGUUUAGAAGAUGUGGUAAAAAAGAUACAUAAGACAAACUUUGAGGCUAUAUCUUGUAUGUUGUGGCCACCUCCAACAUGGCUUCCCCCAGAUACGUCUACACCCGGCAGGGAUUCUGAGAAGGAUGAACAUGAACAAGUGGAUAUCCGUAGCCUAGCUUCUCCUACCAGGCCUGAGAUAGCAUUCCCCGUUGUAAAAAAUGAAGUUGAGGAACAGAUUCCGGUUAACCAAUCCCCUAAUUUCCUUAGCAGUUCUACAUUUGAGGAGCGAAUUGUUUCUGAUACAGUACACAGACAUGAAAAAGCUUUGGAACCAGAGACUCCAGAGAAUAAUGCUUUGUCAGGUUCUAAGGCUCCUAAAAUGCAGCAUUCUUGGGAGUAUGCUUCAAUGUUGAAGCUCUCUGGCAUAGAAGUCCGGUCUGACUUUCUGCCUGUUCUAGAAAAGAUUUGGGUGAAGCAUGGGGAUGUUGUUGAAGGGAGUGCAAUACGUAGUUGCGAUACUAAAGCAACAGCAUUGGAGUCUUUAGCAAAGAUGGUAAUAAUACUCAAAUCUAACUCUGGAAAGACUUUGUCUGAGGAUCAUGCUCAUUAUCUGGGUUCCACCUUAUCUGAUCUCAACUGAUGCACCUGAAAAUAGAUUGGUUGGUUCCGUUUGUAGAGAAGGCUUUGGCAUUGCGUAAAAGAAUGCAAUUGGAGGCUGUUCUUAUGGAGAUUGACAAGGUUACAGUCGUGGCCAACGCUAUUGAACAUAAUUUUCUUGAAAAGAUUGCUGAAGUGAAGCAAGUGCUUGAAAGGGAUAAAAAGAUUGUUUUUGAUAGCAUGUCUGUGUUUGGGCCAAUAGAGCAGGAACAAUGCCUAGGCAAAGAUUUAUGCUGAUUUCUGACUUUGUAAAUGAUACUUUCAGAUAUUCAUAUAUCAAUUUUUGGAGUCGAGUAGCAGACAAAGCACAGCAGAACUGAAGGCAUUUCAUGUGUUCUGCUGCUCUUGCAUACUUUUGUUAAGGAGGUUUAAUUUUUGCUCCUGCUAAAUGUAAUGAUAUUUCUGCUAGUUCUAUGAAGCAUGGAGUAGUUAAAUGUUUGGAGAUGAAUUUGCUUGAAUUUAGUUUGUUUCAUCAUCAGAUCUUGUUGGUGAUUCCACAAUUCCAUUGUAUUUUCCACUUGCAUGUUUUGCUUCAAACAUUUAUUCCUUGCCAUUGCUAUGUAUCCAGUUGAUAACUUGAUA